AUGAGGCAGCUGAGCGAUGGCAUGCUCAUCAUUCGUGGUGAAAAGAUUCUAUCACGGAAGGAUUUGGAGGUAGUCAUCCGCAAAGAAAACUCCUUCUAUAAGUUCGUCGUGGGUGACUCGAAUGCGAAAGUUGGGAUACCAGAAGAAGAGGAGCGAUCGGGAGAUUUGGAUCAGGACUCCGGAAUAAGAAUGAACACCGGCGGUGGACAUGGGAGUCACGCAGCGGUACUACUCAUACGGAGAUCGACCACAUUCUUACCAACCGAAGAUGGUGCUUACUGGACAUCUCAGUGGUACCAUCCUUCAGGGUUCAGAUCACCGCCUCCUCCUAGCAAAAUUGCGAAUCAGCCGAAAGUUGGAGAAGGAGAUUUGUCACCGUGUUAG